CAAUUUGAAAUCAAUGGUUUUUGCAUGGUUUUUGAUUUCUCACUGUUAUUGCAGAUCAUUUUAUGAGAUUUCGCUCGGAAUCGAAAAGUAUUUUAAACUCAUUAGUUUUUAUCAUCGUGUAUUUUUAUUCUUCAUAUUUUUAUAGCUUCAGCAAAAUUUUACAGAUGACCUAUAACAAUUCUGUAUUAGUGGGAAAUUGGAGCGAAGAGAGAUUGAAAAAUGAGUACGAAUUCAAGCUUUUCCUGCGGAAACGUGACAGGCGUGAGCUGUUACUUCAACGGUCAAGAAAUUUGUUUAGUAACUUACUGAAGGAGAGACCCCUUGCCAUAAGUGGCACGUACGUACUUUUUGGAUUUAACGUCCAAGUUGUGGCAUCAGAUAUGCCAGUAGCUAAGAAAAGUGCGGCCGGAGAUAAACCACAGUACGGCUUGGCACUAUCAAGUUUGGUGAGCGAACGUCAAGUGGACUAUAUGCAGAACAUUAAUGACGGGUGCCUCAUGACACUGUCGCCGAUCGUCACGCCAUGUUGCAGGAACACCUUUGUCAUACUCAGUACCAGAGAUGAAAGCAUUCGUGGUCAGAAAAUGAAUUAUGGAGAUGAAUUCCUGUUGAGAGCAGAAAAUUAUGGAGAUCCGGAGGCGCCGCCGCUAUAUGUAAGGUACACUCCGGAAGGAGUGCCCGGACCGGCUGACAGAAUGCCAAUAAGGUUGAGCGCUAUCAAGGAUACUAACUGCCGCUGGACCACAGUGCCAUUACUUCCAUGCAAUCGUCUUGAGGGCUUGGGAAGUUCGAUAAAGACGGGAGCGAGGCUCAUCAUAAAAAAUUGCGUCGCGGAUAAAAGUUUAUGCGUUAUGAAUCAAAGUUGGAUGCACACGUUCUUUGGACCUUACAAGUUGAACAUAUUCCUCGAACAAAUGAAAAGGGGUGAUUUAAUGUUAGCUCGAUAUAGAAAAAUGACUGAGAAUCUGAAUAAACCAACGGUGUUGACUCAAUCGUCGGGUAGUACAGGCUUUGGUGCUAAGAUAGCCCUCCUCGCACCCCACGUGCCAGCUUCCGACCCACCAAUUGAAGACAAAAAAGGAUUACUCUUAGGCGGUCGUAUUUCUUCAAAUGAGAUCAACUACUCUCAAGAGCUGGAAGACGGCUGCAACAUUGUUGCUCUUUCGGAGUUGGAACCUGCAGAGAAAACCACAUUUGUGUUAAAAAGCGCUGAUUAUUGCAAUCGUGAUGCUGAACCACUUAAAUACAAUCAAGAAUUUCUACUUGCACUUUCUUGUUCGGUUGAAAAAAAAAAGCCACUUUAUCUCAGAUACGAUCCAAACCCUAUUCCCGGACUUUGCGGCAUGUUCCCGCUGUAUCUCAGCAAGCAUCCCGUAUCAAACACUAGAUGGCGGAUCUUGCCUGUUCAGGAGCCGAAUAUUACGCGAUUCGAGCAGGAGGGAAAGCCUGUGAACGUGAACACGGAUAUAAUUGUAAACCAUUGUGCCACUAACGUAAAUUUGGGUAUCAAUAUAGGCUGCUGGUCAAUGGGAUUUUAUGGGAAGCUGUGCGCCCCACUGAUGAAAACAUGCCUAGAUGUGUACGGAAAGGAAUUACCAAACAAUGUAUGGCAAAUAUACAUCCCUAUCGCUGGGUAACUUGAUUUUAGAAAAUCUGUUGUAGCAGCUU